AGGUGGGUGGGCCAGAACCAAUAGGGAAGCGUUUCGUGUAGGUCUUCUCCUGAGGUGGAGGCGCCGGCCGCUCCUCCCGCCAGUAGGGAGCGGGCGGAGAAGGGACGCGGCUGUAGCUGUGUGAGGCCGGUGUACAGGCGGCCUUGGGCACGGGCCUGCUCCCAGAGCGGCGGAGGCCGGGGUGAGGGGCCCAGCCGGGCAGCUGUGUGAAGUCUGUGGUCAGCGUCGCCGGAGCCUACGCUCUGUGGAAGAGCAGCAGCGGCAGCCAGAGGGAUAUUAGAAAUGGCUACUCCCCAGUCAGUUUUCAUCUUUGCCAUCUGCAUUUUAAUGAUAACUGAAUUGAUUUUGGCCUCAAAAAGUUACUAUGAUAUCUUAGGUGUUCCAAAGUCAGCAUCAGAGCGCCAAAUCAAAAAAGCCUUUCACAAGUUGGCCAUGAAGUACCAUCCUGACAAAAAUAAGAGCCCUGAUGCUGAAGCAAAAUUCAGAGAGAUUGCAGAAGCAUAUGAAACACUCUCAGAUGCUAAUAGGCGAAAAGAGUAUGAUACGCUUGGACACAGUGCUUUUACUAAUGGUAAAGGACAAAAAGCUAGUGGAAGCCCUUUUGAGCAGUCAUUUAACUUCAAUUUUGAUGACUUAUUUAAAGACUUUGGGUUUUUUGGUCAAAACCAAAACACUCGAUCCAAGAAGCAUUUUGAAAAUCACUUCCAGACACGCCAGGAUGGUUCCAGUAGACAAAGGCACCACUUCCAGGAGUUUUCUUUUGGAGGUGGGUUGUUCGAUGACAUGUUUGAAGAUAUGGAAAAAAUGUUUUCUUUUACGGGUUUUGACACCACCACCAGUCGGCACACAGUACAGACUGAAAAUAGAUUCCAUGGAUCUAGCAAGCACUGUAGGACUGUCACUCAACGAAGAGGAAAUAUGGUUACUACAUACACUGACUGUUCAGGACAAUAAUUCAUUCUUUUUCUGUUCUCAUUAAACCCAACUAGUUGACUCUUCUUCAAUAUCUUUGAUUCAAAAGAAUUUUCUGUGAACUGUUUUGACAAGUGCAUGAUUUCACUUAACUUGAUAUAGCUAUUAAACAUAUUUAAAUUGUUUUUAACAAAUUCAGCAUCAUUCAAUUAGUAGAGAAAUAGCUAAUUAUUACUUUCCCUGAUUAGGAAGACUUCUUUAAAAAGAGAGAUUAUAAUUCUGCCUGGUCUUUUUUCUCUACCUGCCCUUGGGCUUAUUAACAUGGCCAGUUUUAUUACCAAGAAACGAGUGAGUUUGCCUGAUAAAUAUUUAAAGGUUAAACUUGAAAAGUUAUUGUAAAUUUAAAUUGUGUGAAUUUGAGUGGUUUUGGAGUGAAACCUUUGCUAAUUUAAAAUUGCAUGCUCUGUAGCAUCUCUGACUUGGGUUGCUAAAUGUAUGUGAAACCGUAUAAUUGAGUUGUUCAGCAAAGGAUAGCAGUAUCUUUGUUAAUUUCCAUUGAAAACUUCAGAAAGAUGUGGUUUAGUAUUUACCACAGAAGCGUGCAGAAGAAUUAGAGGUAAAGGAAAUGAUUGUAUUGCUCAUAGCCAUUUAGGCUAAAAGAAAGUUGAAAGCUUAUGAAAUAAUUGCCAAGAGAUUGUUGUGUGUUUGGUCCCUGGCUAAUGAUUUUAUAGUGUUGAAAUCAUAGCUACUUGACACAUCUUUCUUAGUUUUUGGAGCUCUAGGUCUUCAUAUGGAUUUAUGUAUUUGUGUGUGUGUGUGGUUUCUCUUCCUUACACUCAUCUUUAGAGAUUGACUAAUACCUCAUUCUGUUUAUAAAAACAGCCAGUAAUUUCUGUGCAACCUUAUUAUGUGCAAUAUUUUUAAAUCCUAAGAAAUGUGUGCUUUUGUUUUCAGAUAGACUUAACUUCUUUAGUUCUGCACUUUUCCAUGUUAUACUCCAUAUGAGUAUUAAUCCUAUGGAUACAUAUUAAAACUAGUAAAUAUCUCAUACAAUUUUGUGAGUGAGAGAAAUAUAGUAUUUACAAUAUGAUGUUCUUUGUUGUCAUUUUAUUGUUAAAAGUUUAGCCAUUCUGGAUGUAUGGAGGGUGUAUAAGCAUUUGGGCUGCUUAUACUGAUCAGAGAUCACAAGUUACUUUUGACUAACCUGAAAACCCUGAAAUGACCUUGUUUGCCACUUGGUAAUUUUUCUUGCUUUCUCAUUGUCCUUCAUCCUUUCAUCACAAGUUUUGGUAGCUUAAAGAUUUGAUUUUGGUGUAUUUGCUUGCUAGACCAAGUAUUCUUGCCAUUGGUUCUUUUCUCUUUUGGCCUCUUUGGGAAAAAGCAAACUUUACAUGAAGCUAUAUUUGUUAGUAAUCAUCUUUAAUUUAAAUCUGUGAAGAAAAUGAGUUUGUUCUAUUAUAUUUAUGUAUCUUAAUUGCUUCCUGGAAGUUAUGUCUUUUAUUUUUGUUUGAUAAUAAGAAAAAAGCCAUACCUUGAGUUUUGGUCUGAGAAUUAUCUAUGGCCUAUUAAACAGAACAAAUGAAGCCAAAAAAAAAAAAAAAAAAA